GAUACCAUUCUCGCUCCUCUUCCAAGACGUAGACAAUGUCUCUCAGGGGUGUUGUAUUUGUUGCCUUAAUGGCAGGUUCCCUUGCUGAUUCUAGCCCUAGAUACAGUCCUCCUACUCCUUCCUACAAUCCUCCUGCACCCACAUACGGCGCCCCUGCACCUGCUUCGGGACCUGCCCAAUACGACUUCAACUAUGCCGUGAAGGACGACUACUCUGGAAACGACUUCGGUCACCAAGAAAACCGAAAUGGAUACGACACUCAGGGUACCUACUACGUCCAGCUUCCCGAUGGUCGUCUGCAAACGGUUACUUACACCGUGAACGGCGACUCCGGUUACUUAGCUGAAGUUUCUUACCAAGGAGAAGCUCAGUACCCAGCACAGCAGCCUUCUAGAUCUUACCAACCCGCUCCCUCCCCAUCCUAUCAGCCUGCUCCCACCCCUGCCUACGGCUAAUGUUUUAUAACUAAUAAUUUAUAUCAGAUUCUCUAUGAGAUACGCGAAUGCCUGUAAAUAAACUAUUGAUAUAAUACA